GGUGGGGAAAGCUGUGCGUGCGCAGAGUUACCCGCAAACGGACACGGCGUGCACGUCAUGGAGCUAGCAAAUACAUAGUACCGCUAUCGAACUCGUUAAGUGAUAGAAUGUGCAAACAAUGACAAAACGGUGAUAAGUAGAAAUACAGUAGUGUGUGAACACAGUGAUUAAUAAGUGACGAUUUUCUGGAGUUCGAUAAAAUGGAAAGACGCAUUAGCCAGCGUAUUAAAGUAUGGACAGUAACGGUGCUGUUGGUCACACUUGGUGCACGAGGGCAAGGACAGUGCCCGUGGAAGGAAACGCCAGCCUUGCAGGACACAUGCGUAUGCGCUUACAACUUAGCGAGACAACUGUCAGUGCAGUGUGAUCAGGUGGAUUUUCCAGCUCUACUGUUCGCUUUAAACUCCAGCGCACGUAAAAUCACUAUAGACCUACUUUAUAUUAAUAAUUCCACUGUUACCGAACUAACGGACGAUUUGUUUAUUAAUCUCGCAAUACAUAAUUUACAAAUAUCUAGUUGUAAAAUCAAGAGAAUUGGAGAAAAUGCUUUCAGAGGGCAGGGCCAAUUUCUGAAAAACCUCAAUCUUCAGGAUAACGAACUUACAGAGGUCCCAACAAAAGCUUUCGGAAUAUUGAAAAGUCUUUCACUUCUGGACAUAUCAAAGAAUAGAAUAACCUACAUUAAAGAUAACGCUUUCUUUACACUUCAAGAAUUGACUACAUUAAAAGUUUCAGACAAUAAUGUGACAUUAGCGCCCUACGCUUUAGCUGGAAUCGAAACAUCACUGAAAAAUCUUAAUCUAAAAGGCACUAGACAAAAAUCAGUACCAGAAUGUAUUCGGGGUCUUAAGAAUUUGGCGUUCCUUGAUCUUUCCCAGAAUGGAAUCCGAGAAUUGCCCGGUCCUGAUGGAAUUAAGAGCUUUGAGGGUCUAGAAUCUUUAACGGCAUUAAAUCUUGAGAGAAACUUGUUAGUUAACUUAAGAAAGGACGCAUUUUUUGGUAUAAAAAACACGUUAAGCUCUCUCAGUCUUCUAAACAAUCUGUUGCCGGAGUUUCCUACUGAAGCCAUAGCAACUUUGACUGAGUUACGAGUUUUAGAUAUCGGUUUCAACCUAUUAAACAAGUUGCCAACAAAUGCAUUUUUAAUGAAUCCAUUAAUAACUUUAUUGGCUCUAGACGGUAACCCACUUCCGACUGUCCCAGAAAAGGCUUUAUCUCAUCUGAAUCAUACGUUACGAGGUCUCAGUCUAGGUGGGCGCUUUUUAAAUUGUGACUGUCGUCUUAGAUGGAUAAUCGAAUGGAUUCGUAACGGCGAACUUCAGGUUACAUCUCGCGAAAGAAAUCCUCAAUUUUGCGGCUAUCCUUCACACUUUCGUGAACGCGGAUUUUAUAGCUUUGAACCAAAUGAACUUAUUUGCGAUCAAGAUACGGUGUCAUUCAUGGAAUCACAACCAACAACUACAAAAAAGGUUGCAGAACUCCGUACGACAACGUCAACAACAACCACGUCAACUACGACGCAAUCAACAAGUACUAUACCGAUAAGCUCAACAACUGUUAGUUACAUCAAAAACGAGACGUCUAGCCUACCAACAACACCAAGCACAACCACUACUAAAACUACGUCAAUACCAUCAUUAAGAACUGCGGCACCAUCCUGGCGCCACGCUCCCAAUCAAAGACCACCAUUAAUAAUGAAUUUUUCACAACAGAAAACAAAAAUAGACGAUUCAAAUGAAGUUAUUGUUAAGAAUGCAUACAGGCAGGAUAACUCUGUAAUUAUUCAGUGGGAUUCUGAUGUAGCCAAUAUUUUGGGAUUCCGCGUUGUAUAUAGAUUAUUUGGAGACAAAAGUUUUAAGCAAGGACCACCACUAGAAGCGAGCGAAAGGGAAUUUAAAAUUAAAAAUGUUCCAUCGCAGGAAUGUAUCGUCGUUUGCGUCAUUUCCUUGGAGGAAGUACACGUCAGUCCAGAGACGGUACCAUAUUCGCAAUGCAGAGAAGUUCGCACAGUGUCCGCUGCAGCAACCAAUAUGGACAAAAUUACUAUAGCAGCGAGUGCUGCUAUAUGCGGGACUAUCGUAGUAGCAGUUCUUAUUUUCGCGGCUGCAUCACGUAGAAGAUCGAGAACAAUUCAUCGCCUACACACUCAGCCACCAGAGAAAAUGCCGAAUCCAUGCUGUGGGGGUCUUACCGGUACACCAAGUCCUAAUGGUCCACUAUCUUCAUUGACAACAAUUGGGGCGUUUGGAAAACAGCGUGAGUGGGACCAAGUAUCGGCUUAUAGUGCACGAUCUAUUCCGCGUGCACGCUCUUUCACUGAACCAGCUGUUCCAGAGCCUUUACAAGGCCGACCAGGACGGGCGCGGUCACUGGCAGAUGGUCAAUCACAACAUAGUUAUUCACAGUCUGCCCGCUACGGCCCGCCUGGAUAUCCUGGAAGCAUGUUAGGAUCGAGAACCGAUCUUCGGCAGUCUCGCCAGUCGUUAGGAGCGGCGUCAGAAAGAGCAUCACGUCUGUCACUAAGCGGCGCUGCUGGCGGGGCUACGAGUGGCACGGCUGGGUCUAGAAGGAGACCUAGAUCGCGAUCACGACCAGCCAGCCGAUAUAGCGUUGGUUCUCUCGGCUUAGGCUACUGUGAUACUUCUGACAACUGGACCGAUCAUGACAUGGACAUUUAUAUGGCACGAAAUCCUACAACGCGGGGCGGCCUCGUACCAUUAUAGCGAACGAAUAGCACGGCGUUGGGAGAUAUAGAGCGGUAUGACAACUAUAUACCGCCAAGAAGAGCCUGCAAAUCCCGAUGCAAGCACGAAGCACAUAUUCGCCCACGCCGCCGCACUCACUGUCACACCUGCGAGGCUCAUGAUCAGGAAUCAAGUGAAGAUUUAACAUGGGAUGCAUUUAAGUGUCGGAAUAAGUGAGAAAAGGGACUAGUUUGAGGUGUAUCAGUUUCAAUCGGUUCAACUUGUACAUAUUAUACAUUGAGUACUUAUUAAAUAUUAAACACAUAUAAUUGCUGCAAAAGAAAUAGGAUUUAUGUGUAAUUAAAGUUAUUAAUACUUUUACUGCAUAGCUAAGGACUGUUGUAGAUAUGUUGUUGUUUGUCAUGUGAAAAUUAUAGAAUAUUUUAUUAUAAGAUAAUUAAAAUGUAUAUAUAGUGUUAUUUUUAUAACAUCUAGAAGCAGAUCCAAAAUGGUGCUAUAUAUAAGAAA